CAUCGCAUCGCAUCGCAUCCAUCAGAUUCACAACCACGGCGCCCCGCCCCGCCCCACGGCGACACAUACAAAGCACCACCACCGGCCGCGGCGAGGCAAUGGCGUUCGCGUGAUAGCCUGCCAGUGAAGUGAGAGAGCCGGGAGCCGGGGCCAUCCCCAGUAGCGCGGGCGUGGGCGGAGAGAGCGAGGGGGAGAGAGAGAGAGAGAGGAGGGGGUAUGGCGUCGCCGGCGGUGGUGGCGCUGGCGGUCGCGGUGGCGGCUGUGGCGGCGUUCUGCGGGACGGACCCGCUGCGGAUGGGCAGCAUGGUGGAUUUCCCGGGCUUCGUGCCCCACGUCGUGGAGCUCCCCGACGCGUCGGAGAUGCCGCCGCACGCGGACGCCCGGGAGCGGCUCCGGGGCGCGGAGAUCCGGUUCCGCGGCGAGGUGCAGGGCCCCGAGAGCGUCGCGUUCGACCCGCUCGGCCGCGGGCCCUACACCGGCGUCGCCGACGGCCGCGUCGUGUUCUGGGACGGCGCGCGGUGGGUCUACUUCGCGCACUCCUCCCCCAACUGGACCGCCGAGCUGUGCGGCCCCAAGGCGUCGCCGCUCGACUACCUCAAGGACGAGCACAUCUGCGGCCGCGCGCUCGGCCUCCGCUUCGACAAGAGGACGGGCGACCUCUACAUCGCCGACGCCUACUUCGGCCUGCUCAAGGUCGGCCCCGACGGCGGCCUCGCCACCCCACUCGCCACCGAGGCCGAGGGCGUGCGCUUCAACUUCACCAACGACCUCGAUCUCGACGACGAGGGCAACGUCUACUUCACUGACAGCAGUAUCCACUACCAGAGACGGCACUUCAUGCAGUUGGUUUUCUCUGGAGAUCCCUCAGGUAGGCUUCUGAAAUACGACCCGAACACAAAGAAAACAACAGUUCUCCACCGCAACCUUCAAUUUCCCAAUGGCGUGUCCUUAAGCAAGGAUGGCUCGUUCUUAGUCUUCUGCGAAGGAUCUCGUGGCAGGUUGAGCCGAUACUGGUUAAAAGGGGAGAAGGCCGGAACAGUGGAUCUUUUCGCCAUACUGCCUGGGUUUCCAGACAAUGUGAGGACCAACGAGAAGGGUGAAUUUUGGGUGGCAAUCCAUUGCAGACGUAGCAUAUAUGCCCGGAUGGUGAGUCGCAAUGUCAGGCUGAGGAAGUUCUUGCUCAGCCUCCCGAUCCCUGCCAAGUACCACUACCUGAUGCAGAUCGGCGGCAAGCUCCAUGCACUGAUCAUCAAGUACAGCCCUGACGGGGAGGUGGCUGACAUCUUGGAGGAUACCACAGGGAAGGUGGUAAGAGCCGUCAGUGAAGUGGAGGAGAAGGAUGGGAAGCUCUGGAUUGGAUCCGUUCUUAUGCCCUUCAUUGCCGUCUUCGACUACGCCAAUGCAUCUUAGGUACCAUUUCGCAGCUUGGAUACAUGGAUGAAAAUGUGGAAUCCAGGAAUGCCGUUGCAGACAACAAUCCCAGCGACAUUUCAGAAAAUUUCUACCUUCAAGUAACAACUAAAGUUGUUUCAUGUUUCAACUUUUCGUAGCAGAUGUAGCUUUCUUAAUUUUUUUAGUUCCUGUUUGCUAGUC